AUGAAAGAAUACCAAGUUUUCAAAGGCAGUUUUUAUGUGGCAACGAAUAAGUCCGAUGCCGACAUCACCAUCACCGACACCCGUACUGGGGUGACUCUUUGCACCGUUGCAACGGGCAGUCAGGCUCUUUUUGUGGCUAUCGGUUCUUUCGGCGGCGGGGGUGGUAAUACAAAGCCGUUGGAGGAAGAAAUUGAGAGGCUAAACGGGGUCGUUUCUGAACAAGACCUACAAAUUGACAUCCUGACUGCUCAAAAGCGGGCGGCAAUGGAAGCUAACACCAUGCUCAACGCCGAACUUGACGGCAAGACCGAGGAGGUCAACAGCCUCAACUCUUAUAUUGGGGGCAAAGCAACCGAUGUGAGCGGGUACGCGGACGACAUAGACGGGAUACGAGAGAGAGUGGAUGCUGUCAACGCGAAGGUGGAAAAUUUGGAAGGGGCGAAUGUUGUACCCAAUGCUGCUUACGUUGAUGAAAAUGGGGAAUUGCAUGGGAAAGCCAUUGUAUAUAAUACUCUCAAGACGGACGCAAACGGCAAACGCUAUGAUGUCAUUGAGGGUCAAUUCAUUUACGCCCCCGGCAAAGCGGAAAACGAAGACACCGAGGUACACGCAAACCUUGAGGCAUGCUUAACCGCUCACGGUUUGACCGCCGUUGAAGCCUAA